AUGCGAACGGCUCGCUGGAGAAGAUCCCUCCGACUCGCGUGCUCCCGCCGCGGCUGCCCAUCGCUUCCAAGCGCCCGCCAGGCACUCGAUCCAGUCGGAGGGGAGGAAGAAGAGGAGAAGGAGGAGGAGGAAGAAGAAGAACCGGCCUCCCUGCAGCAGCAGCAGCAGCAGCAGCAGCCGGCGGCGGCGUCGAGGUCUCUGCAAUGCUCAGGCGGCGCCGCUCCAUCGCCAGCCCAUGGAGACUUUGGGAGCGAAGCACUUCUUUGCCCGCCAGGCAGAGAGCGCGACGCAAUCGGAGCCCAGAGGCACCAGAGGCGGCAAUAG